CAGCUACUGACAGUUUCAGUAGUCAUUCCGCGUCCUUUUUAUAUAGAUUUCAGCGUGCGUUUCCCAGAUGAUAAAGCAAGCUGUAGGUUUUUUGCAGAAUAGGGCGAUGGCAAAAACCAGAAGCAUCCAUGGAUGGUGUGUUUCUUCUACCACUGCAAUCCUCUUAUUCUUCUUACCAUGUAUACGCUUGCUUCCAUUUGCCGCUGCGACAAACACAUUAUCUACCUUCCAAUCACUUAGAGAUGGACGAACCCUUGUUUCAACUAACAAGCUAUUCGAAUUGGGAUUUUUCAGUCCCGGCCAAUCCAAAAAUCGUUACGUUGGAAUAUGGUUAUCGAAAAAUAUUACCUCCGACAGCACCACUGUUGUUUGGGUUGCAAACAGAGAAAACCCAAUUGCGGAUUCCUCUGGAUUAUUAGUCAUUGAUGGUACUGGAAACCUUCUAGUCUUGGAUGGAAUCAGCAAAAUUCGGUGGUCAUCGUCAUCAGCAGCAGCGAAUGCAGCAACAUCCGUUGGUUUGAUUGCAGUGCUGCAAGAUACCGGCAAUCUGGUCUUGAGAGAAGGGAAUUCUAGUAACUCAGGAAGAGUAGUAUGGGAGAGCUUCGACGAUCCCUCUAAUACACUACUACCUGGUAUGAAGAUCGGUAUCAAUCUCACAACCGGUAAGACCCAAAUACUCAGAUCAUGGAAAACCGACGAUGACCCUGCGCCUGGAAGUUAUGCAUUCGGCAUCGAUCCUCAAUCACCAGACCAGUUCUUUAUCUGGCGGAAAUCGGCUCCGUACCAAAGGGUCAUUUUCUGGAAUGGAAGUAGCUUCGAUAGUCUUGCAUUUCCAGGGAGCUGUCUCAACUACAGCAUCACAAGCAAAGAAGAAGAGAGAUAUUUCACCUACUCCUUCCUUCCUAGUACAGAUACAGUAUAUAUGGGUUUGGUAAUGGAAUCAUACGGUGUUCUGAAUAGCUACUCAGUAUCAAUGGCUGAUGGUGUGUCGAUUAACGCCUGGUCUGGACGGGAUUCGAUGUGCGAUUCAUCUGGUGCUUGUGGACCUAACAGUAGCUGCAACGAGAACGGCGAGCCGAUGUGUAAAUGCUUGCCGGGAUUCAAGCCCAAGUCGGCUAGGGCUUUGAAUUCUGGAAAUUGGCUCGAUGGGUGUAUGGCAAGGAUCAAGUGGCAAUGUGGGGCUAACGAUGGGUUCUUGGAUUUGAAGAGGGUGAAGUUGGUUGAUCCUACAAAUACUUCAUCAGCUGAAAAUUCUACAAUAUGUAGGCGGGUUUGUGAUUCUUAUGGUUGUAGUUGCAGGGCGUAUGCUUUCAAGAUUGAUAGCAGAAACAGUAGCUCUCUUCCCUGUCGCUUUUGGUUUACUGAUGUGGCUGAUCUUCGGGAGGUGGACGAUGAUGGAUUGGAGGUGGACCUUUUAAUAAAUAACACUAUUCUGUUGCUAAAUUGUUCUUCAACACCCAAAAACCUGUCACCUCUUAAUUGCAACUCUUCUAGUCCAUGCCAUAGCUAUAUACAGCAAGGAAGAGCACCUUGUUUCUAUUCAGAGAUUUGUUGUGGUUAUGGUGCUGGAGGUUUGCAGUCAUCGACAUCACAUAAGAUUGGGAUUUCUGAUACUGGGUGUAGCUCUUAUUCGAGCAUUGUUAAUUUACGAUCAUCUGUGGAAGUACGCAUGUGGCAGGAGGGAGUUGUGAUUGAAUGGGAUGCACCACCGGAGCCAGUUUGUGAAUCGGAGGAGGAUUGCAAUGCUUGGACAAAUUCAUCAUGUUUGUCAGAUAAGGAAGAAGUUGGAAGGAAAAGGUGCUUUUGCAAUGGAAAUUUUCAAUGGGAUCCAUUACGUAUGAACUGCAGGCGUGGCAGUGUUAACAAAUCAAGUGGGAAGAAACGGUUGUUGCUAGUCAUCAUAAUAACUGCUGCUAUAGGAAUUCUGUUGUCUAUGACAUUGAUCUAUGGAUUGUGGAGGAGGAAGAAUAAGAGAAAAGAGAAAAAAAUGCCGAACAUGUCAUUACGUUGUUUGGGCACAAGCUUUCAUGACAAUGAGUUGAUGGAUGGAAAGAAUAGCUUUGAUAUACUAUUUAUUGAUUUUGAAUGCAUAGUAGAAGCAACGGAGAACUUUUCAGAUUCAAAUGAGCUUGGAAAAGGGGGUUUUGGGCCUGUCUAUCAGGGUAAGCUUCCAGGAGGACAAGAAAUAGCUGUAAAAAGACUGUCUAAGACUUCUGGACAGGGCCUUGAAGAGUUCAAGAAUGAGGUUUUACUGAUUGCUAAACUACAACACAGGAAUCUGGUUAGGAUCUUAGGUUAUUGCAUUGAAGGAGAUGAAAAGAUGUUGAUCCAUGAAUACAUGCCCAAUAAAAGCUUGGAUUUCUUUCUCUUUGAUCCAAAUCGAUGUGCAUUACUAGGGUGGGAUAAGUGCUUCAACAUCAUCUUGGGAAUUGCUCGAGGGCUUCUUUAUCUUCAUCAAGAUUCUAGGCUGAGAAUUAUUCAUAGAGAUCUAAAAACUAGCAACAUUCUUCUUGACAACGAGAUGAAUCCUAAAAUUUCAGACUUUGGAAUGGCACGAAUUUUUGGUGGAAACCAAACUGAAGAAAAUACAAAUAGAGUUGUCGGGACCUUUGGCUACAUGCCUCCUGAGUGUGCGGCCAAUGGGCUUUUUUCUAUGAAAUCCGAUGUCUUUAGCUUUGGAAUUGUAUUGCUUGAAAUCGUCAGUGGAGAAAAGAAUUUUGGAUUUUACAACUACGAAGACGCUUCUAGCCUUACAGGACAUGUAAGUGUCAAAAUGAUUAUUCAUCCAUUACUUAAAAUGCAAGAGAUCGACCGACCAUGGCUUCUGUUCUUACCAUGCUUGACAGUUGAUGGUGAAACUGCAACUCUGCCAACACCGAAAAAAUCUGCUUUCUACAUGAGUGUCUCCACUGGAAACUCUGAUUCUAAUACGCAAAUGAAUUGUUCUAUUAAUGAGCCAUGUAUAAAGAAUGAUUAUGAGGCUUUCUUCAAUUGGAAGCCAAAGGGUUGA